AAUAUAAUUUCUGAGCCAGAAAGUAACCGUAAUUUGUAAAACUUUAUCAUUGUUUCAUUUGUAUUUUCCUUUAGUGCUGGAACUGAAGCAUCCAUUCUAUAAAUUAUUUGUACCCCAGAGAGAUAUUAAAACUGGAAAUUUCGAAAUAAACAAUCUGAUGAGACGAAUGGUGGAUUGCAAACGUACAGUCGUUUUGCUCACUAAGAACUACUUGGAAAACGAGUAUUGCAUGGGGAUAUUCAGAAUGGCAUUUGCGAAUUCAUUGGAGGAGAAAUUGCAUCGGAUCAUCCCUGUGAAGUUUGGACCCCUUCCACCCCUGAAAGAGAUGGAUCAGAGUCUGAAGACAGUCAUGGAAUCGACGAUAUGGCUGGAGUUUGGAGAUAAGUUAUUCUGGGAUAUGCUGCGAUACGAAAUGUCUGAAAAAUCUCCUGAUACUAUUAUUGAUUACGAAAUGCAAGAAGAUAGCUCUGAUGAUGUUCUUUUAAUACAAGAGUUCUGAGUACAUAUUAUAUCUAGAAAUAAAGUGUACAUAUAUUUUAAUUUCGAUUUCCUACUACCAAAAUAAAUGUCCAAGAAUCUGUAAAAAUAUAAUUUUGCUUAUUUCGUUUUAAGAAAACAUAGUGUCGGUAAAAAUAAAGUGACAUUAAAUACA